AUGAAUAAAGAUUACACUCUAAGACCCGUUUUUCACAUGAUUGAGUUUCAUUACAUUAAUGAACUCAGCCGAAAAUACUUACACCCCUUUAUCAAACCUUCCCUUUUGAAUUAUAAUAAGGUCGUAAUAGGAUUCCGAACCUUUUUAUACACGGUCUCGUGGGAUUACUCUAAUCUCUAUUAAAAGCUUAUAAUCUAACUUAAACAUCAAAGUCCACACGACAAACAUCACAUCACUAUGUUUUACAAGUCACUUUUUUCCUCAAAAUUACAAAAUUACUAUGUGGUUUAGCGUUGACCCGAUUACAAUAUCAACAACUAAGCUCGAUCUUGAUUCGAUAUUCAUACCUUCUUCAUUUCCUAUAAUAUAUUUUGUUGGGACAACUUCCUUGAUCCCACGAAACCCCAUUUUAUUUCCUACAAAAUCCUUUCAAAUCGAAAACAAACAAGAACAAGAACAAGAACACACCUCCAUUCUUGAGCUCUGUUCCGCCAUUAAUGGCUGCCGAGAUUCAUGCAUUCAUUCAAACUCUGUUCCUGAUUUCCACUUCUCUCUGCCUCUGUUUCUCCAUCAGAAACUCAAUCCCAAAUGGGUUCCUCAAAUUCCUCUUCGUUCUUCCCUUCUUCUUCCUCUUCCUCUACAUUCCUCUCCAAUUCCAAACCAUCCAUCUCCGCGGCACCCUCGGCUUCUUCAUCGGCUGGCUCGGCAGCUUCAAGCUCCUCCUCUUUGCCUUCGGCAAAGGCCCUCUCUGUUCCGCCGCCACCUCCUCCUCCCUCCGCCGCUUCCUCGCCGUUGCCUCCCUCCCAAUCGACAUCCCCGAACACAAACCUCCACCCGACCGCUCCGAUCCCGAUCCGCUUCUCCCUCUGAGCUUCGCCGCAAAAUUAGGGUUCCUAAUCCUCACAUUCGCCGCGAUCUAUUUCAAAAAUCGAUUCUACCCAAAUGUGGUUCUAAUUCUCUUCUGCCUCCUAAUUUACCUCCUCCUCGAAAUUCUCAUCGGCGGAGCCACCGCCCUGGCGGAGGCGGUGCUCGGAGUCGAGUUCUUGCCCUUUUUCGAUGAGCCCUAUCUCUCUGAUUCGUUACAGGACUUUUGGGGGCGACGAUGGAAUCUAGUUUCCUCCAGAAUCCUCCGCUCCGCGGUUUUCGAUCCGUGCCGGAAACUCGCCGGCACUUUCGUCGGGAAGAAACCGGCGGCGAUUAUAGCGGUGAUGGCGACAUUUGCUGUCUCCGGUGUUAUGCACGAACUGAUCUACUUCUACAUGGGAAGACUGACGCCGACUUGGGAGGUGAGUUGGUUCUUUCUGAUACAUGGAGUUUGUCUGGCGGCGGAGAUGGCGGUGAAGUCAGCGGUGGGAGGGAGGUUCCGGCCGCCGCGGGUUGUAUCUGGGCUGCUAACGAUCGGGUUCGUGAUGGCGACGAGUUUUUGGCUUUUUUUUCCGCAGCUUUUGAGGUUUAAAGCGGAUGUCCGAAUGCUUGAAGAGUACGCGUCUUUGGGCGCGUUUGUGAAGAGUGUGACGGCCGAGAUGAUCGCACCGUUGUUCAUUUCAUUUCAAGUCAAAUAAAUCUUUCA